UUAAGCUCUUUCCAAACCCCACCACCCUUUAUCUAAUCGGCCACACUAUGGACUCUUCUCCCUUUCUCACUCUUCUUCUCCUUCUCUCUUUCGCCGCCGCCGCCGAAGUAGCAUCAGCUCGCCCCCCUGGAUUUCUCUUCUCAAGAACUACAGGAAGAUGCACUGCGCAGUUCUGGAGUAGUAGGAGUGAGGCUUGGCCACGGAUGGCGCCGGAGUCCGCUACAGUGGCGAAAAUUUUCGGAUCGAGAGCUCGUGAACGGUAUGGAUCUGAGAUGACUUUAAUGGAAGCGGCGGGGGGUGCGGAAGAGGAGGUGUUCGGUAGAGUAGUGAAGGAAGCAACUGCAGCGUUGUUGAAUUCGUAUGCUAGAAGAAGGGAUUUUCCAUAUUCGGCUUGGGAAGUGAAGACAUUGUUGAUCAAAGCAUUGGUUUCUAAAGAGGCUGCUGUUCUUCAGUCUCAACGUUUUGCUUUUGCUAAUGAGUCUUGUUAAUUAGUGAGUUAGUUCCAGGAGACAACCUUAGAUAACCUUAUCUAGCGGUUCCUCGUAGUAAAUAAAUGUUGGAAGAUUAGAUGGAGUAUUCGUCAAUACGUUGAUAAUCUUUAUCGAUGGAUGUUUGAUUCGUAUCCGAUUGAAAGAAGUGGUGAAAUAUUAGUUUAUGAAUAUUAAUCAUAUAAACACCUCUUUCACAACAAA